UCCCAACCCGGCAGUGACCGUUGUGCGACGUUCGGUUGGGGUCAUAAAAUGGCGUGGAGAGGAUAUUUUGUCAAAUGGACCAAAACAGAAUGUAUAAAUUCUGUUUCCACAGUUUCGAGAGGUAGCAGGUUCACCCUCCACCCCCAGCAGAGGUGUGGUUUCCGGAAAGAAGCAAGGAGACCAGAGACAUGGAAGAGGGACCGGGUCAUCCCAGAAGAAACAGGCCCUCCCCCCUCUGAGGCUGCCGAUGCGGUGGUGUCUCGGAAAGCGGUGCCCCCUAAAUCAGGACCCCCACCCCCUGGCGCGGCCCCCAGGCGUACUGGGAAGCUGUUCAAGCCCUUUAUGUUCACAAUAGGGUUUACAGGGUGCUCCUUUGGUGCGGCCGCCAUCUUGCAAUACGAGUCCUUGAAGUCACGAGUGAAGACGGCCAAGGACGAGGCUGAGCAGGAGAAAAACGGAAAGGCAUCACAAGACAUGACAUACUGGCACAACUGGUGGAACCAGCUAACAGACUUCCAGAAACAGAUCAUCCUGCUCAUGUCCUUUGUAGACGAUUUCUGGAGCAGCCUGACUGAGGGCCAGCAGAUGGCCACUGGGAUCAUAGCGGUCAAUGCUGUGGUGCUCUGCUGUUGGCGAAUACCCUCCAUGCAACGAUUCAUGGUCAAGUACUUUACUGCCAACCCAGCCUCCAAGACGAGGUGCCUUCCCAUGCUCCUCUCCACCUUCAGCCAUUACUCUAUAAUCCACAUGGCGGCCAACAUGUACGUCCUGUGGACCUUCUCCUCCAGCAUCGUCUCUCUCCUGGGGAAGGAGCAGUUCCUCGCUGUCUAUCUCUCUGCUGGCGUGAUCUCCACUAUGGUGAGCUACUUGUGUAAGACCAGCACGGGACGCCUGCAUCCCUCUCUUGGGGCGUCAGGGGCCAUCAUGACGGUCCUGGCCGCGGUCUGCACCAAGAUGCCCGAGGCCAAACUGGGAAUCAUCCUCCUGCCCAUGGUCAGCUUCACUGCAGGCAACGCCUUGAAAGCGAUCGUUGCCAUGGAUGCAGCGGGGCUCAUUAUGGGAUGGAGGCUGUUUGAUCAUGCUGCUCACCUUGGAGGAGCCCUCUUCGGAGUGUGGUAUGUAGCAUACGGCCACAAGCUGAUGUGGAGGAAGAGGGAGCCACUGGUCAAGGCAUGGCACAGCAUGAGAUCUCAGGCCCCUGGUGGACGGGGCAGGCCUGGGGGUUCGGGCGGCGACGGGGGCAGACCUGGACCCCCAACAUAGCACUCUGGGAAGUUGGCCCAUAACCACUGAUCAGGUGUCAGAUAUUCCUCACCCCAAUUGGUUAGGAUUGGCUCUAGGGGGUAUCUGAACCUAAAUCUGUGGUUAGGGGCAAUCUUCUACCUCAAGAAGCCUUUUUUUGGUACUUAUGCCUGGUGAUAUCCAGCUGACAGCUGUGGAGGGCGGGACCCAGCACCCCAAACCUUUGUUCUUCUAAUUGGCGCGUUCCUCUGCCCAGGCGUUGCUGACGCAUGCCUUAUCUGACGUCUGGAUAGGCCAACCACAUCAUAUGUUAUAGCAAUCUGGAGCCCGACGGCACAGUCAAUGACGUGGCACGCAACCAUUGGUAGAUGCAUGCAACAUCUGAGCAGGGGAACGCAACCAAUCUAAUCAGAGAGAGUGGACAUAUUUGUGACUUAAGAUGGCAGUCUUGUUUUAGGAGGAUUUCAGACAGUACUCUAUAGUAACUAAGUCCUAAUGGAUGAAUGAUUCAUUUGGUUUGAUAACAGUGACUACUCUAGUACAGAUGAUGUUGGCUUUAUCAUUAUGGGGUAGUUUCUAUGAAGAUGUGAGAUGUUACCAUAGAGAUAUUGUAUUACAUAAUGUAUUCAUAUUCUAUGUCUAUUGUUGAUACAGAGACUGCUUCUGUUCUCUAAACCUGACUUCCUGUUUGUAAGGAAGAGGUUAACGGAGAAUGACCGUCCUGGACUAAAACAACAAACUUCCUCAUUGACCAUAAGAACUUCAACUUCCUUGUAGUUUGUAGGUGUGCUGGCGCUGCCAGAGGUUUCUGAAAGGUUGAGGUGCUUAUCUUGGUAAAACAUUUUGUAAAUCCUGAGCCUUACAAAAAAGGUACAUAACACGCCAAAAAUGUCCUCAACACUGCGGUACUCUUUUAUUAAAAAGGUCACCAUCUUCACUGGGGUAGUACAUUUGGGUUUAAAGGGAUACUUCAGGAUUUUCCCAGAGUCAAGAUGAACUCAUGGAUAUCAUGUUUAUAUCUGCAUGCAGUAGAGGUAGUUUUGCUGCACGCAGCGCUGGCACAAGGCAGUUUCUCUGGACCCCUGUAAGGUCGGAGUUCGUCCCCCUCCUCCCUAAAAUAAAAAUCCAUUCACAAAGUAUAGACUACAGAUUGCUGUCCGUGGUGCUGAAAUUGCGACGUGUCUAUGCAGCGGGCCGAUCGAAUCAACCUGGUCUCUGAGCAUUUCGUAUUGUUCUGUAUGUAAAUCUGAGACCCUCCAUUUAGUAUGAUAUGUUACGAAUUUGCAGACGUACAAUGUAAAAAAUUUGCAAAACGAGUUAAGAAGUCUAGCUAGGUGUCUAACAUUAGCUAGGCUAGGGUUAAGUUUAAGAGUUAGUUUAAAGGGUUGGGAGAAGGGUUAGCUAACAUCCUAAGUAGUUGCUAAGCAGUUGCAAAGUAGCAAGUAGUUAAAGUUGCUAAAAUGCUAAAGAUCUCCUCGAUGAGAUUUGAGCUCGCAACCUUUGUGUUGGUAGACAUUCGCGUUAUACGCCAAGUAACCAUCUGUCUUAUGUAACCAUACGAAACAGAGUGUCCUUAGAUUUACGUACAGAAUAAUAUGAAAUUCUCUGAGACCAGGCUGAUGGAAUUGAUGAUAGGGUUUCUGUUGUGCCCGAGCAUGUAGCCUAUAGCUUCAGCUAAUAUAUGUUUAUUAGGCCUAUUUGGUUGUCAUUUUUUCAUAUUUGGUUGUCAUUUUCUCAUGUUAAGCUUAACAUUUCACUAAGCUAUACAGGGUGUUACAAGUCUGCCAUGAUUUAGACUGCUGGCUGGCGGCAAUAAUGUAAUGACUUGUUCUGUAAUUAAAGUUCGAAUUUCAAACAUUGCAGAUUGGUCAAAUACAUUUUCGGUACAACAGAAUACUAAUCGGCAACCAAUUGAUUAAAAAAAUAAAUAAUAAUAAUACAAUUGUCCUGUAUAGCCUAUCUGAGCCUGCAUGACAUGAGCCGUCCUCAUGCUCUCUCCCAGCUUGGAUAGGAAGUUGUGAGUAAAACCACUCUAUUAAUGACAAAUAAUAGUCAGCACACCUUCAAAACACUAGCUUACGUUGUUUCAUUAUGCAGUGUAGCCUACUAUCUAUACCUAUAUACAGUAUUUAUACAAAUUACACAUCAAAAAGCCUAACAAUGAGGACAAAUCCUUGGCUUGGGAUACAUUUUGUCACAAUUUAGUGUUGAACUCAGCAGGUUUUGUCUGGCUAAUAGCUGACAGAAAUGGGCUGCAAUCAAGGUAAAUUAAGGCCAACUUGAGACUCCCCCGAGCUUCUGAGACAUUGUACAUUAUAUGUCCAUUACGCUGCACACAAUUUAAACUUCGUCUUGAAUGAUGUAUGCCAAGAUAUACCAGAGAUAAGACUGUUGAUAUUGCUACCACACAACUCAAACACAGGAUCACCAGUAUGAAUAAAAUCACAAACCACUUUUUUAGUUUGAGCCCCCCCCAGAACUGUUGUCCAGUAUCCUACACAGCUUCCUGUACAGUUACUCUUUCCGGAACGUUUUGAAGCCGGUAAUUAAGGAGAAUGAGAGGCUCAAUUAAAGAUGUUGCAGAACUGUUGUAUUUAAAUCACCACUCCCUGCUGUUGCUAUGGCAAUCAAACUGUUUUUAACUGACGCUUUUGCGGGGAGAUCGUUUUAUAAAAACUAAAACUCACAAAGAACUACUUAAGAAUUAAACAUUAGGGUCUCGGUCUGAUAUGCGUUUUUGAACACCUGCCCAGUGGGCAAAACCUGGUUGAAAAGACGUCAGUAUGACAUAUUUUUAUGACUGCUCAUUCUGGUUGGAAAAGGAUGUUGUUUUUACGUAUUUGUCUUGACGACAAUACGACCAGUUGGUCAUAAUUGUGACCAUUAUAUUAUGUAGCCUACUGGUCAUAGUUAAUACCGUCAUAACCUGGUAAUGACCACAUGACUACAGCUUAUUACCUACUGUAAAAAAAAUAUUGCAGAGAAUAAAGUUGGAAAUUGAAAA